UUUAAGUCAUUUACUUUGAUUCAUUAUUGGAUAAUAAUAAGAAAAACUAGUCAUUUUCUUAGUUGGCAUUAACUGUUGAGUCGGAAAUCAGAAUAGAGAUUUUAUUUUGAAUUUCAAAUUGAGAAACUUUUUAAGAUUGCGAAAUAAAUAAGAUGGCCUAUGCUCUUUAUUUGACACCUAAGAGAUAGACAGAUUAAGAUUAGUGUGGGAGAAUCUAGCAGAAACUUUCAGAAGAAGCUAAGGGUUUUGGUUCUCGAAUCACAUAGCUCUUCUUCUCUAUUCUUCUCGGAUUUUUGAAGGUUCUCUUUCAGCCAUUUGAAGAGUUGAAGAGAAAAAAAAGGGAUUAUGUCAUUUAAGUCUUUUGUACUUGAGAGAAGAAUCUGAAGGAUAUUUGUUGAAGAAGUUCCAUCAUUUGGUUUUUAUGGUAAUAACUACCAAACUCCAGAUCCUUAGGAUGUAUGACUCUCAAGUUUUGAAAUCUAAUUCAGAGGGCAUAGAGAGAUGCCAAGAGUCUACAAGUGGUGAAUCUUUUCUGUAUAGAUACCAACUUGAAGAGGAUGUAAAAAGAUUGCAACGCCAACUACAAGAAGAAAUAGAGCUGCACACUUUUCUAGAGAGCAUCAUGGAGAAGGAUCCUUGGGAGCUAUCUUCUUCUUCUUGUAGUGUUCCACAUCAUGCUCAAGAACUGCUUUCCAAUAUAUCCACCCUAGAGACUGCAGUCACCAAGCUAGAGCAAGAAAUGAUGUCACUGAAUUUCCAACUUAGCCAAGAAAGAAACGAGAGAAGACUAGCUGAAUAUCAUUUGACACACUCAGCUUCUCCACCAAACUCUUCUUCUUCCUUGAUAUAUUUGAAUCAUUCGGAUUCUGAACUACAUCGAUCAGCAGAAGACAGUUCAUGCCAAAACCAAGACUCUUCAUCUGAAUCAUCUCAGGCAGAAUCAACAGUUAAGAAGAGUAAUCAAAUUCUUGAGAAGAGACUAAUGAGAAAGACAAAUGGGAGGAAGCUACCUAAGUACCUGUGGGAUCACCCUAAUCUACUCUCUGAAGAAAUGGUGAGAUGUAUGAAGAACAUCUUCAUGUCUCUUGCUGAUCAGACAAAAAGAUCCUCAAACGAGAGCCAACUACUCUCACCGGUGGCAUCACCAAGGGGGCAUCUAUCAAGCUCAUCAUCCUGGUGGCCGUCAACAGAACGGUCAAAAAUCUCAUCAUGGGUGCAAAGCCCUCAGAUAGAUAUCCAAAGUAACAAUAAUGUCUUGGCCGCCACAGGAAACGUAUUUGAUCCUUACAAAGUUCGUGGGAAGCUAAGCUGGUCGGAGAUUGGAAACUACGGUUUGGCGUCCGAGGUUUCUUGGAUGUCUGUUGGGAAGAAACAGCUUGAAUAUGCUUCUGGUGCAUUGAGAAGGUUCAGGACACUAGUGGAGCAGCUUGCUAGAGUAAACCCAAUCCAUUUGAGCUGUGAUGAGAAGCUAGCUUUCUGGAUUAACGUUUAUAACGCGUUGAUCAUGCAUGCGUAUUUGGCUUAUGGUGUCCCAAAAAGUGACUUGAAGCUCUUCUCGUUGAUGCAAAAGGCUGCCUAUACGGUUGGAGGACACUCGUAUACUGCAGCUGCAAUGGAGUAUGUGAUACUGAAGAUGAAACCGCCUACGCACAGGCCACAAAUUGCUUUGCUUCUUGCCAUCAACAAGGUGAAAGUAUCAGAAGAACAACGCAAGGCAAGCAUUGAUACACAUGAGCCUCUUCUCUCCUUUGCCUUAAGCUGCGGAAUGUACUCUUCUCCUGCGGUGAGGAUCUACACAGCGAAAGGAGUGAAGGAAGAGCUACUAGAAGCUCAAAGAGAGUUCAUACAAGCAUCGGUAGGGCUGAGCAGCAAAGGGAAGCUCCUGGUACCCAAAAUGCUUCAUUGUUACGCCAAGAGUUUGGUGGAGGAUUCGAACUUGGGGGUCUGGAUAUCGAAGUACCUUCCACCACAUCAAGCAGCUUUUGUGGAACAGUGCAUCUCUCAGAGAAGCAGACAAAGUCUUCUCUCCUCACGUAGCUGUGGAAUACUCCCCUUUGAUUCUCGUUUCAGAUAUCUGUUUCUCCCUGACAACAACAACAACAACUCCUGUGUGUAAUAACCUUUUAAAAGCUCUGCUUUGUGUUCAUCAGCAUGUAUCAUUAUUGUUCCCAACUUAGCUUUGGGGCUUAUCAUUGUACAUUUUUUUCAGAUAAUGUAUAUGUAAAAAGAAACUUUGAACAAUCAUUAAGCUUCUUCUAGAAACAAACAUACUAAAUGGUUCUCUUUAA